CAUGGCUGCGAAAUCCGACGGUGCAGCCGUCUCUCCGCGAAAACAACCCCCCCUCGACUGUCCUUCCAGGUCGGACCACCGUCCUCCGUCUCCGCUUCCGCAUCGCCUCCCCGCCGAGCAGCGCUACUCCGUGUCGGACUGCUGCUGGACCCUCUGCGCCCUCUUGGUCUUCUUCUCGGACGGGGCCUCCGACCUGUGGCUGGCUGCCGACUACUACCUUCGGAGGGAGUACUGGUGCUUUGCACUGACCCUCGUCUUUGUGGUGCUCCCCUCCGUGGUGGUGCAGAUGUUGAGCUUCCGAUGGUUCGCCUACGAUUUCACUGACACCCCCGAGAGCGGCACGGCUGCGGCGGCCGUGGUGGCGGCGGGGAGCGACUUCGGUGACAAGGACGGCGGUGCAGAGCGGGGCGCUGGCCGCACCUCCGCGGCGGCUGGGGUGCUGCCUGGGCCGGCCACCGGGGGCUGCUGCAGAGUGCUCAUGUGGCUCUUUCAGGUCGUCAUUCACAUCUUCCAGUUGGCUCAAGUGUGGAGGUACGUCCGAGCCCUGUAUUUGGGCGUGCAGAGCCGCUGGCACAGGGAGCCCGAGCGCCGUCACUACUACUGGCGCAUGAUGUUUGAGAGCGCCGACAUCAGUAUCCUGCGUUUGCUCGAGUCCUUCCUGAAGAGCGCCCCACAGCUGGUGCUGCAGCUCUCCAUCAUGAUACUAGCCGGUCAGGUGCUGCCUCUUCAGGAUCUGCACCAAUAUCAAAUGGGUUCUAUGCCAACCCCAACCCAAAGUAGAAAUGAAAACAGACUUUCAGCGUCCGCCUCCCUGAUGUCCCUGGCCUGGAUGAUCGCCUCCUAUCAGAAAGUCUUGAGGGACUCCAGAGACGAUAAGCUCCCCAUGACCUACAAGGCAGUCGUCGUUCAGAUCCUGUGGCAUCUCUUCACCAUCGGGGCCCGCGCGCUGGCCUUCGCCCUCUUCGCCUCCGUGUUCCAGCUUUACUUUGGCAUCUUCAUCGUGGCCCACUGGUGCAUCAUGACUUUCUGGAUCAUUCAAGGCGAGACGGACUUCUGCAUGUCCAAGUGGGAGGAGAUCAUCUAUAACAUGAUGGUGGGCAUCGUGUACGUCUUCUGCUGGUUCAGUGUGAGGGAGGGCCGCACUCGCUGCAGGAUGCUCACCUACAAUCUGACCGUGUUCCUGGAGAACAUAGCCCUCGCCGCCACCUGGUAUCUGUACCGGGGCACACAUACCUCAGACUUCUACGCCGUUGUUAUGGUGUGUGUGGUGGCCAGCAGCUAUGCUCUGGGCACCUUCUUCAUGUUUGUUUAUUACUGUCUGCUGCACCCUGACGGCCCCGUCUCAGGAUGGGGCUACAUGUCUGAGAAGGAGGUGGCGGCGGAGGCGCUGGUGUCCCCGACCGCCAGCCUCCCCCCAGACCUGGUGAGCAGCCCACCCAGGACCCUGCAGAGAACUAAAGACAGAGAGCAGGGGUCUGGGAUGGACGGAGACGUGUUCCUGGUGCGAACACUUCGGGGAAGACGGGCCCCAGCGCCCCACCCUACAACAGGGACAGAAGGGCCCGUCAUCCGAAUAGACCUGCCCAGGAAGAGUUACCCCGCCUGGGACGCUCACUACAUCGACCGCAGGCUGCGCAAAACAAUCCUGGUGCUGGAAAGCGUGGCGCCGGUUGCUCCGAGGAUUCAGUACCGCUGCCUGGGCACGCCCAAAGAAGUGAUGGAGUACGAGACCACCGUGUGAUGGUGACCCUUCAUCUCCAUGACGACUGCCAAGCAGUGGAGACAAAUAAUGGGAGUGUUUUUUUGUUUUUUUUUGCAAAUGCAAAUAUGUUGUGGGAUGGUGUUGCAUACAGUCGCAAUAAAAAGUUUGCAUACACUUGUAAAGAACAUAAUGUCAUGGCUGUCUUGAGUUUCCAAUAAUUUCUACAACUCUUAUUUUUUUGUGGUAGAGUGAUUGGAGCACAUACUUGUUGGUCACAAAAAACAUUCCUGAAGUUUGGUUCUUUUAUGAAUUUAUUAUGGGUCUUGAAAAUGUGACCAAAUCUGCUGGGUCAAAAGUAUACAUACAGCAAUGUUAAUAUUUGGUUACAUGUCCCUUGGCAAGUUUCACUGCAAUAAGGCGCUUUUGGUAGCCAUCCACAAGCUUCUGGCAAGCUUCUGGUUGCAUUUUUGACCACUCCUCUUGACAAAAUUGGUGCAGUUCAGGUAAAUUUGUUGGUUUUCUGACAUGGACUUGUUUCUUCAUCAUUGUCCACACGUUUAAGUCAGGACUUUGGGAAGGCCAUUCUAAAACCUUAAUUCUAGCCUGAUUUCCUUUACCACUUUUGACGUGUGUUUGGGGUCAUUGUCCUGUUGGAACACCUAACUUCCAGGCUGAUGAUUUUAGGUUGUCCUGAAGAAUUUGGAGUUAAUCCUCCUUUUUCAUUGUCCCAUUUACUCUCUGUAAAGCACCAGUUCCAUUGGCAGCAAAACAAGCCCAUAGCAUAAUACUACCACCACCAUGCUUGACGGUAGGAAUGGUGUUCCUGGGAUGGUGUUCCUGGGAUGAAAGGCCUCACCUUUUCUCCUCCAAACAUAUUGCUGGGUAUUGUGGUCAAACAGCUCAAUUUUUUGUUUCAUCUGACCAGAGAACUUUCCUCCAGAAGGUCUUAUCUUUGUCCAUGUGAUGUCAAAAAAAUAAGAGUUGUAGAAAUUAUUGGAAACUCAAGACAGCCAUGACGUUAUGUCCUUUACAAGUGUAUGUAAACGUUUCAUCGGGACUGUACUUACUGUAGUUUUCUGUAUCACUUCUCAGGUUAGGGUGACAGUAACAAAGCCAGUUAAGAGAGAAGCACAGUGUCAGAACUUCGGUCACGAGGCAGCGACUCCUCCUCAGUAAGGACAUGUCUUCAACAUGUCUGACAACCAACAGCAGCUACAAAGUGAGUCACUGUGCUUUUAAAGCCGACUCACGCCAGUAGUCACCAUUUUCCAAAGCUGCUCGCUCGUGUUGAAGGAGUCUCUAAAAAAAAAUGCUGCUUCCAAAUGUGGUGUUUUCAAAGCAACAACAGAAUUGAAUGUUUAAACAAACAAAAAAAACAGUAGAAAAGGUGCGUGUUUGUGAUGAGGCUUGAGGAUAGAAAACAUUCCUGUGUCAUUGUUUGUUAAAACUAGAACAAUUCAAGCCUUAGUCGUGAAAAGAAGCACAUUCUUGAAGAAUGUGUCCACUGAAUGGGAUCUCCUGUAUGUGACAAGGAGGAGGAAGUUGUAGCCGUCUCUACUUGUUCUGUAUCCAUAUUUUGUUGUGCGAGUAAUGUAAAGAAAAAUCUUAGCUGCAGAGACGAGCAUUAACUUUAUUGAUGGUAACGGCAUGUAUCUUUCAUCAGGGUUCUUUUUUUCCCCCCAGCGGAAAAUGUGUGUAUUUGUGUGUGUAUGGAAAAAACAUUUCAUUUCAAGAGGUGUCACUGAGUGGGUGGGAAGAAAAGGCAGUUUUGUUGUAAACACUGUCUAGACACAAAUAUAGAUGAUAAACAGCCCAUUCAGCACCUUUUACAACCCUAAGGGAGACGUCUAUCUUUGGAUGACAAUGGUGCUAACUCAACCUGUCAUGUAUCAACCAUACAGUGUCACGUCAGAUAAGCCUGGAAAGAACUGUACCUCAAAUGCAACGCAAGAAUCAAAACGCCUUAAACUGGUCACACCAGACUGUUGCGAGACAAAAGCUAAAGGAGAAGCUGUCAUGAAGUCACUGUUGCCGGAAUAAAGCGCAAUGUGUUU